UCCACUGAGCCACACCGGCCAGGGCUGUGGGGCACGUUUUAAGUGCAUUGUAUCAAUUUCUAAAAAUUAAGAGUUUUCCCUUGAAAACAUGACCUAAUUUUCAGCUUCUCACCAGAGACGGGCAGUUCUGACCACUGGAGGCCGCGUUUCCCCACAGUCAGUUGAGUCCAGCUGCCCCUGUACACGGGGCCCAUUCCCUGUCCCCUCCAGUGUCACCCUCGGGUUAAACGCUUGCACUGGCCCCGCCAGCACCGGGAGCCUGUUCGGUCCCCGAGGGCAGGGGGUUUCUGACUCUUCACUGUAGCCCUCUUGUCAGAGCGGCCAGGACUGGCUUUGAGUCUGAGGGGUCGUGUGAACUGUAGAUGCAUAACAAACCAUCCCAGGCCCAGGGCCUCGACAGCCGCCGUUCUGUGGCCCACGGAUCUGAGAGGCAGGAGCGCGGACGGUCUCUGUCCGCACCCUCACCUGUCUGAGACCAGUUGUAGGUCUGCGGUGGGUGGUUCGAUCUUGCUGGCGGCUCUCACAUGUCCUCGCUGUGCCGUCCACAGGACAUGUAGAAGCCCAGUGGGUGCCAGCGGGACCCGGCUCACAUCCCAGAAGGUGCACUCUCUCCUCCUCCCCACGCCUCCUCUUCCUGCGAGCGCUGAGGGGACACCCAGCUGAUGAGCCUGUGUGUGAUCUUUCAGGAGCCGGUGACCUUCCGGGACGUGGCCGUGGACUUCUCCCCGGAGGAGUGGGGGCGGCUGGGCCCGGCGCAGAGGACGCUGUACCGGGACGUGAUGCUGGAGACCUUCGGGCACCUGCUCUCCGUGGGGCCUGAGCUUCCCAAACCGGAAGUCAUCUCCCAGCUGGAGCGAGGCGCUGAGCUGUGGGUGGUGGAGCACGGUCUCGCCCAGGGCUGCUGUCCAGGCUGGGACCCGGGACCUGAAGGGCCCGCGCCGCCCGCGGGGCAGGUCCUUCCUGAGGAAGCGCCGUCCGGCGUCACGGAACUGCAUAUUGUCACUUACAGAUUCACAAAAACAGACGCGGCCGGCCCCCCGCCCGAGAAGCCCUACAAGUGCGCGGACUGCGGCAAGGCCUUCAACCACAACGCGCACCUGACGGUGCACAAGCGCAUCCACACCGGGGAGCGGCCGUACACGUGCAAGGAGUGCGGCAAGGCCUUCAGCCAGAACUCCUCGCUGGUGCAGCACGAGCGCAUCCACACGGGCGACAAGCCCUACAAGUGCGCCGAGUGCGGCAAGUCCUUCUGCCACAGCACGCACCUCACCGUGCACCGCCGCAUCCACACGGGCGAGAAGCCCUACGCCUGCGAGGCCUGCGGGCGAGCCUUCAGCGACUACUCGGCGCUGAUCCGGCACCUGCGGGUCCACUCGGGCGAGAAGCCCUACCGCUGCCAGGUCUGCCCGAAGGCCUUUGCGCAGAGCUCCUCGCUGAUCGAGCACCAGCGGGUGCACACCGGGGAGAAGCCCUACCGGUGCGGGGACUGCGGGAAGGCCUUCAGCCGCAGCUCCGCCCUCCUGGCGCACCUGCGGGUCCACGGCCCGGUGCUAAGGUGA